CAUCAAUAUGUUAAAGUCAUUCUUUUUGGCGGCCGCCUCUUCUGGCCUUGCCGCUGCAAUCACUUGCGAUGACCUCGCUUCUUCUCUCACCUUCAAGGAUGUCGAUGUAAUCUCGGCGUCCAGCUCUUACUACACCAAAGGCUCAACGAUCAACAUUGAGGGCGAGCAGUCAAAUGCCUGUUUCAAGCAGACCUACCCGGAGAUCGAUAUGUGCAGAGUCGUCUUGACUGUGGCCACCAGUCCUACUUGACACAAUUACAUGGAGGUGUGGCUUCCCAGCGGCAGCACACCCUGGAACGGCCGACUCUUGGGUACUCGCAACGGCGGUCUGGCCGGCUGCAUCGAAUAUGAGGAUAUGGCAUACUACUCUAGCUUAAACUUCGCCACAGUAGGAGACAAUGGCGGUCACAACAGCUCCACUUCUGAUGGUUCGAAGUUGCUGAACAACAAUGAGGCCGUAAUCGAUCUUUCCUACCGUUCCAGGCAUAUUUCGGUCGUUGCCGCAAAACAAGUCAUCAAGCAGUAUUACAGCCAGCCUGCAAGCUACUCUUACUAUGUUGGUUGCAGUACUGGUGGUCGUCAAGGUCUCAAGUCUGCUCAAGAGUUCCCUGACGAUUUUGACGGAAUUUUGGCCGGAUCUUCUGCCUCUGACUUCAAUCACCUUUCGGACUGGACUUCUAGAUUCCUGUUGAUCACUGGGUUCGGCAGUGAUGCUAGAGCUCUAUCUAGGGAUCAGUGGGUCUAUGUUCACGAAGAAGUCCUUGCUCAAUGUGACGAGCCCCUGGAUGGCGUUGCAGACGGCAUUCUCGAGGAUCCCACAAUCUGCGAGUUCAACGCUGCUGCUCUUCAAUGUGGCACCAGCUCCGACUCUCGCUGUCUCACCCAGACUCAGGUCCAAACUGUCAACGACGUCUACUCUGAACUCUACGACCAGAACGGAAACUUGCUCUACCCUUCUCUGUCUCUCGGAGCCGAAUUGGUUGCUUCCCAGCAGGGUCUCUUCACCGGCUCAGUCAUCGGCAAUGCCGCAAACUUCAUCUCCAAUGCCGUAUACAAUGACAGCAACUGGGACCCCCGCAGCCUGAGUCAAGAGACCUUUACUAGAGCAGAUGAGACCGAUGUCUUGCACGGAAACAUUUCGAGUUGGAACGGCGAUCUCAGUGCCUUCCGCAGAGCUGGCGGCAAGUUGAUGAUGUAUCACGGUAUGGCAGAUCCUAACAUCGCCGGCGAGAACUCUCAACGCUACUACCUUCACGUCGCCAAAACCAUGGGUGCCAGCGACGAACAAUUGGACGAUUUCUUCCGUUUCUACCGUAUCUCUGGUAACGGACACUGCUCUUCGGGUGGCGAGGGUGCUUGGGAAUUCGGACAGAUAGCAGCUGCACGAAACGGAAAAUCCAGUGCCGUCCAGCAGCUGGUGGAUUGGACCGAGAAGGGUAUCGCCCCUGACACCAUCACCGGAACCAAAUUCCACAACGACGACCCCAGUCAGGGUGUCGCUUUCGAGCGCAGCCACUGCAGAUUCCCUUACCGCACUACGUACAAGGGCAACGGCCUCGAUCCCAACGUCACCACCAGCUGGACAUGCGAGAAGAUCAACAACUGGCAGGAGUGCGGCCCUGGUGCACUUCCCAGACUCUGUUAAGCAUUUGAUCAGAUAAAACUGAUCGCUAGCUUUGGACACACAGAUUGCAUCGACUGACGGCUCAAGCUCAUU